AUGCGGCACAACACAAUUAUAGUGCCAAUAGUGAUCGUAACAUACCACCUUGCUUUCACGCUUACAAUGACUACUUCGACGUCGCCGACGCCAUUGAUCUCACAGCGCCGCACCAAACCUGACCUAACUUUCGCGGAGAACGUUUACGUCAAACUAUCAGAUGCCUGUAGGGCAAUCAUGGACCUGCGCUUUAACUCAUUGACCGGUCAAGCCAAUCUAAUGAAAACAAUGAAAAUCAUCCACUUGGAUGGAAAUACUGUUCGUUCCUUUACUAUUGAUACAGCUUUCGAGGCUUUGACUCAACCCAAAAUUUUUGAUAUAACAAAACAGACAAAGAUUAUCAUACAUGGAUACAAAGACAAUUCACAAUCAGUCGUGCCAUUACAAUUGGCGCAAGCCUACAAUGAAAAGAAAAUGUUCAACGUACUACUUGUUGAUGCCGAGGAAAUGUUGAAUAAGUGGUAUAUUUUUUCUGUGUAUAAUUCCCGUCUGGUGGGCAAGAGACUAGCUAAUCUUUUAGCCAAUUUAGAACAUUUUGGCGCUAACGCUGAUGACUUCCACAUACUAGGUAUAAGUCUUGGAGCACACAUUGCAGGCUGGACAGGAAAAUACUUUAGGCUUUAUAAAUCUCGGAGUAUAGGACGAAUAACUGGAUUAGAUCCUGCCGGUCCUUGCUUUUCUUAUGCUUUCAGUGAUCAAAGAUUGGAUAAAAUGGAUGCUAGGUAUGUGGAUGUUAUACAUUCAAAUAGAUUAAUACAAGGAGUUAUUGAAUCAUUGGGGCAUGCAGAUUUUUACAUUAAUGGUGGGGGACCAAACCAACCAGGAUGUUUUAUGCCAACAUGUAGCCAUUUGAGAGCAGCACAAGUUUAUACUGAAAGUAUUAGAAAUCCAAAAUCAUUUGUGGGUAUACGAUGUGAAAAUUAUAAACAUUUUUUAGAAAAUAGAUGUGGAACAAAUGAAUAUGCAGUAUUGGGAUAUGGAUCAUCACUAGAAAAUCGAGGCUUGUAUUAUUUAAGGACUUCAAGCUCAUCUCCAUACGGUCUCGGUAUGGCGGGUACAGAGUCAACAGAACCAAGUGCCGACAGCUGGUUACGGACAUUAAAUAUGUAA